CAGGACAAAGCCGGUCAAGCCGGUGGUAUACCCCGGUAACCCCGGGUUUCGGAUUACCGGACGAAUUGUACGCGCACGCGCUUUGUGAGCUGUGAUGACUUCACCACCGGCGGCGGCUGGUCGGCGCCGCGGCUCCAUUCUGGCAAUGACAAACGGUAUGGAUCUGACUCGACGAGGUUUCGUUCUCCUCGCCUGCCUGGCGGCCCUCGUCGCGGGCGCGCUCGCCCAGGACAUCCUGGGAUGCGGCGGCUUCCUGAAGAGUCACGCCGACAUCGAUUUCACGAAGGUGCACGUGAGACUGUACACGAAGACCGGCAGUCUGAAGGAUCAGACCGAGUGCGCGCCUAACACCGGGUACUACUUCCUGCCUCUGUACGACAAGGGAGAAUACGUGUUGAAGGUAGAUCCUCCCAGAGGCUGGAGCUUUGAGCCCACCGAGGUAACGUUGAAUGUAGAUGGUGUCACGGAUGACUGCAGUCAGGGAAAAGAUAUUAACUUUACGUUCAAAGGGUUUGGUAUUACAGGACGUGUGAUUAGUUUAGGUACUGAUUCUGGUCCUAAAGGAGUCACUAUCGACUUAGGAUACGCAGAUGCAAUAAACAAUAAUGAACAAGUUGCCAUUAAAUCGACGUUAACGGCAGAAGGUGGCACAUUUUACUUUACUCCCAUUCAGCCUGGAAAGUACAUCCUUGCUGCGCAUCACUCCAAAUGGAUACUAAAAGAAAAUAAAGUUGAAGUAAUUGUACGAGAGGGAAACACAGAACUCGCGGAUGGCAGCUUGGUAGUAUUGGGAUAUGAUGUCAGUGGCAAAGUCACCAGCGAGAAUGAACCAGUGGCUGGUGUAUCCUUCAUCCUUUUCGGCAAUGGUGUCGCCGAGAAGUGCGAGACUACCCCUGUGGAUAAGAACUUUGAAUCCAAGAAACCGCUUUGCCACGUGACUUCGGACAAUACCGGUAGAUUUAUAUUCCCCAGUCUAUCGCCGGGCGAUUACAAGCUUGUACCUCACUACGCCGGCGCCCAGACAAAGUUCGACGUUCAACCACCGGAAUUGUCUUUCAAAGUUGGCCACGGCAGCGUGGUCCUCGCUCAAGACUUUAAAGUAACUGGCUUCACAGUCGGCGGCCUUGUUCUUAUCUCGACGAAUGGAAAUCCCUUGUCAGGAGCAAAGAUAUUCUUGUCGCAGAAAGAAGUUGCAGUUACGGAUAAGGACGGGAAAUAUGUACUGGAUAACAUGAAAGCCGGCCAAUAUACACUCAGAGCGGAAUCUGCAAAUGUACAAUUUAGCGAAAGGACAGUUAAAAUAUCUCCCACCUCGCCUGAACUUCCGGUGCUGAUACCUUCGGCGUAUAAAGUUUCGGGAAAGGUAACCCUGUCGGCAAAGGGGACGCUGCAUUUUCGCCGAAUAUCCAUUCAGAACACAGCCGCUACGUUCUAUAAGGAGCUCGACACCGACGAGAAGACGGGAGAGUACUCUGUAUACCUCGCACCGGAUAAAUACCAGUUGAGCGUAGUUGUGAGCACGGAAGAGAAAACUAAGGGUUUGCAAUUCUACCCGCUGCAACAAACGAUUGACGUGACGUCUCAACCAAUUACCAAUGUCAACUUCUUACAAUUGAAGGCCACGUUAACGGGGACGGUACAUUGUUUGCCAGGGACGGAUUGCAGUCAAGCCUCCGUUACUCUGAAAAUCCUCGAUGGAGUCACGAUAAAGACGGUACAAGCUAGAGAUGGCCAAUACCAGUUCACGGACGUGCUACCUGGUCACUACGAGAUCUUCAUCGACAACGAUGUGUUUUGCUGGGAGAAUCCCAGCUACAGGAUUUCGAUAACGUCGGAGCGCGCCGAGGUGCCGCCGUUCAAGCAGACCGGCUUCUCCAUCACCUUCAUAUCGUCUCACGAUACGGCCGUGGAGUACUUUGAGCCCAAUAACACAAAACUAAUAACUCUACCCCUGAACAAAGGCAGCAUGAGGCACUGCGUGCCUAAAUCUGGCGCAUACACUUUUGUUCCAAAGGGUUGUCACGUAUACGAAAAUUCCUCCUAUACUUGGGACACGAGCAAUCUCUCCCCGAUCUUGCUGCAUUCCACCGAACACACUCACAAAGGCAGUAUUAUAAGCUUGAGCGUGCAAAAUGAUCUUAAAGUAAAAAUCGAAGACGCAAAUGACAGUGUCACGAUUGGUCCACUGAAACCUGUAAAAAAAGACGACGUGUACAAAUACGAGUUCGAGUUUAAGGCGAAAACGGAUAAUAUGUACACUAUCACUCCGUUAUCGGACAUUCUACUCUUCAAUCCGCCGUCUCUGAAAAUCUUCGGCGUGAAUGACUGUCACAACGACAUCGCAAGUUUCGCCGGUGAUUUAGGAAAGAUUAUAGCCGGACAGAUCUCUCCACCGUUGGAAGGUGUAACUAUACGGAUAACUGGGAAAGGCGAAGAGUCUCCAAUUCACACGUUAGUUACACAAAAAGACGGGACUUACAGCGUUGGACCUUUGGAUGGGAAAAUCGAAUAUAGUGUUACAGCUGAGAAGGAGGGUUUUGUAAUCACUGGACCUGAUGCUAAAGGAGUGUUCUUGGCGCACAAAUUAGCCGAGAUUAUUGUACAAGUUUCUGAUCACGCUGAUGGUUCUUCAUUACAGGGUGUGCUCCUUUCUUUGUCUGGUGGUCAAAGUUACCGCAAGAACAGCAUAACCAACGAAGAUGGAAAAUUCAUAUUUAAUUCGUUGUCGCCGGGCGAAUAUUAUCUACGACCCAUGAUGAAGGAGUACCGCUUCGAUCCGCCGUCAAAGAUGAUUAAUGUCAUGGAAGGGGCGACUGUCAAUGUGAAUCUAUUCGGUAACAGAGUUGCCUAUAGCGCUUACGGUUCUGUUACGUCUUUGAACGGGGAACCGGAAGUUGGUCUGCUGGUCGAAGUCCAGGGUCAAGGGAACUGCUCCAGUCUUCAAGAGGAGGCUACGACUGAGGAGAACGGUAACUUCAGGAUUCGCGGUCUUCAACCUACAUGCACCUACACCUUCCGUUUGAAGCCGAACGUGGAGAGCAACGCCCAUAUACAGCGCACGAGUCCCAGCUCUCAGCUGGUGCAGCCGGUGGAGGACAUUCGUGGUCUGCGGCUGAUCGCCUUCCAUCCGAUCUCGCGCACGGACGUUUCGGUGCACGUCAUGUCCGCCCAACCGGAGCACUAUCGCACGAUCAAGGUGAAGCUGUGCCGGGAGGACGCUCCCGACUCGCCGGUGCACGUUUCCAAGUUGGACGUGCAGCAAACCGCCAGCAAAAACGCCGGCAGCUACAACGCUGGCUUCCUGGUGCAUUUCCCGCCGUUGCAAGCCGACGGCAGGAAGUACUUCGUCCAAUUGGAGUCGUCGCUGUCCCAGACCGUGCACAAGUACCGCACUAUUCCAGUCUACUUCGAGGCGAACUCGUCGUUCAAGUACGUCAAACUGGCGUUCAACGCGGAACGGAAAGUCGAUCAGGGCGAGAUGAAUCAGACAUCGGUGAUCGCGCUGCCGUUCAUCAUGCUGGUCGCCCUGGCGUUCCUCAAUCGCGAGAAACUGUGGGUCUGGUUGAACGCGCUACUGGAGAGACGGUCCAAGCCCGUGCCGAGCUCCAGAGCGCCCGUCCAGGCCAUUCCCAUCGAUCCCAGAGCGGAUGAUAUCAUAGUCGAGCAAAUAAUGAAUAUUAACAAGAGAAAGACGAAGCCGCGGAAAGCAUAGACCAUAUUGUUGUUAUUAGCGUCAUCAUUAUUUAUACAGUGAGACUCAUUUGUAAUGAUCUCAAGAGAUUGUCGAAGAUGUAAGGAUUUAUAUCAUUCAAGAUGUAAAGAUUUUACAUCAUUCGUUGUUUUAUAUGUCUGAUUAUUUGUGAUUUGUCCGCAAUAUCUGUCACAACAGUCGUGUAUAUCACGGAAUGAAGAAGAUUUUUUAUUUACAAUUCAAUAGAAGACUGUCGCGGUAUACUUGGCGUGUAUUUAGAUUUAUUAAUAUUUAUACAUAUAUGUGGACAAUAUUAACGGAAGAAUUACGUGUUUGAUCAGAAAUGUAUAUAACGUACACGAAUCGUUUGUAUGUAUAUCGAGAAACUUUAUCAAUGGAAUAGUUUAAUGCAAGGUAUGCGCCGCACCGACUGCAUCCGAUACGUAAAUCGUGAUAUAACCGUUAAGUUAUAUAAAAUAAGAUGUACAUACAAAAAUUGCUGUUGUUAUAUUCAUGGAAUUGUUAUUAUAAACGUUCUCGCAAAUAAUAUAUGCCAUUCUUACUCUUUC